AUGAUCACCACAAGUGAUGAGAGGAGUGUGAAUGAAGUAGAACACCUCCAAGACAAUCAAAAGGGAAACCAGGAAGAAAAGAGCCAUGCACCUCAACCCACACUCAAGGAAGAGCUGAAGAAGAAGGAGACACUUAACCCAUAUGCACCCUUUCCCCAAAGGCUUAAAGGUGGUGUAGCAGAGAGAAUGUAUUCAAGAUUCCUCGACAUGUUUGCAUCUCUUGAUAUAAAUAUACCAUUUAUUAAAUCCCUCCAGCAAAUGCCUUUCUACAUAAAGUAUAUAAAGGAACUGUUAGCCAGAAAGAGUUCAUUGAAAGGUGGACAAACAAUAAAGAUGAAUAGGGAUUGCAGUGCUCUCAUUCAACCAGGGCCACCCACAAAGAGGAAGGAUCCAGGGAGUUUUCAUAUUCCCUAUGCCAUAGGAGAAACAAUGAUUGAUAAAGGACUCUGUGACCUGGGAGCGAGCACCAACUUAAUGCCUCUAUCCCUCAUGAAAAAGCUUCAAAUUAAUGAGCUAACACCCACAAAUGUUGGGAACUACUUCCUCUCCAUAGACUUUGUUGUCCUGGAAAUGGAUGAGAACCCUAUUUACCCCAUCAUUCUGGGAAGGCCAUUCUUAGCCACAGCCAGAGCACUUAUAGAUGUGGAACGGGGAGAGCUAGUAUUGAGAAUACAUGAUGGUCAGCUCACUUUCAAUGUUUUCAACCUCUCACAAGAAGUAGAUCAUGAUAACAAAGAGCUGAUGGAGGAGCCAAACAAGGAAGCACAAGCACCACACAUAAGGCCUCCUGUGGUUAACAACCAAUGUGAUCAGAAGGAGUAA